ACUCAACUUACUCCUGUCAGUUUGUCAUUUUUCAUUGUUUUUGUGAACAUAAGUUGAAAUGGAUUUAAUGUAUUUACACAAUUAGAAAUCAAGAAAAAUGGGUAACGCUGACACAAAAUUGAACUUUAGAAAAGCUGUUGUUCAGCUUACGUCAAAAACACAGCCUAUUGACUCUGGAGACGAUAGUUUUUGGGACCAAUUCUGGUCAGAGAGCGUGACCAAUGUCCAGGAUGUGUUCGCAUUGGUGCCUGGUGCCGAGAUCCGUGCACUACGAGAAGAAUCUCCUAACAAUCUCGCGACACUAGUAUAUAAGGCUGUAGAGAAACUGGUGAAGAUGGUGGACAGCAGCUGCAGGACGCAGAGGGAACAGCAGACAGCUUUAAACUGUGCUCGUCUCCUCACAAGAGUACUGCCAUACAUGUUGGAGGAACCAGAGUGGCAUGGGUUCUUCUGGUCAUCAUUACCAGCGGCUGCGGAGAAUGAGUCAGUGCCGUUAGCCCAGUCACUUAUCAACGCUGUCUGUGAUCUACUGUUUUGUCCGGACUUCACAGUCGCCACCACGAAGCGGGCAGGCCCCGAACGCGCAGAAGAACUAUCCUCCCUGGACAGUUGCGAGUACAUAUGGGCGGGCGGCGUGGGGUUCGCGCGGUCGCCGGCGCGCGUGGCGGCGCACGAGGCGGCGCGCGCCGAGCUGCUGCGGCUCAUGCUCACCUGCUUCAGCGAGACCAUCUACAAGCCCGCCUCGCACGCCGCCUCGCAUCAUAAUAAGUGGAUCGCAUACCUGACAAGCCCGGACAAUCGCCACGCGCUGCCUCUGUUCACGUCGCUGGUGAACACGGUGUGUUCGUACGACCCGGUGGGGCUCGGCCUGCCGUACAACCAUCUACUCUUCGCUGACACACUCGAGCCGCUCGUUGAAGUAGCUCUUCAAGUGCUGAUCGUGACUCUGGACCAUGACACUAGCAAUGCAGUCAACGAGGAGUCUGACGAGACGCUGCCCGACAACCUGUUCAUCAACUACCUGUCCCGCAUCCACCGCGACGAGGACUUCCAGUUCAUCCUCCGCGGAGUGACGCGCCUCCUCAACAACCCUCUCGCGCAGACGUACCUGCCCAACUCCGCCAAGAAGGUCAACCUGCACCAGGAGCUGUUGGUGCUGUUCUGGAAGAUGUGUGAUUAUAAUAAGAAAUUCAUGUACUACGUGCUGAAGAGCAGUGAUGUGCUGGAGGUAUUGGUGCCCAUCUUGUACCAUCUCAACGACUCACGCGCAGAUCAAUCCCGUGUGGGCCUGAUGCACAUCGGCGUGUUCAUCCUGCUCCUGCUGUCUGGCGAGCGCAACCUGGGCGUGCGCCUCAACAAGCCCUACACGGCCACGGUGCCCAUGGACAUCCCGGUCUUCACCGGCUCCCACGCGGACCUGCUGGUCGUCGUCUUCCACAAGAUCAUCACCACGGGCCACCAGAGGCUGCAGCCGCUGUUUGAUUGUCUGCUUACUAUACUUGUUAAUGUAUCUCCAUACCUGAAGACGCUAUCGAUGGUGGCGUCGACGAAGCUGCUGCACCUGCUGGAAGCGUUCAGCACGCCGUGGUUCCUGUUCUCGCAGCCCCACCACCACCACCUCGUGUUCUUCCUGCUCGAGAUGUUCAACAACAUGAUACAGUACCAGUUUGAUGGAAACUCGAACCUGGUGUACACGAUAAUCCGCAAGCGCGCCGUGUUCCACAACCUGGCCAACUUACCCCACGAACAUACUGCCAUCGCGCGCUCGCUGGCCGCAGGCCGGGCCAAGGGACAGCUGCAUCACAAGGCCGCGCUGCCCAGGUACAUAUUACUACCCACGAACAUACUGCCAUCGCGCGCUCGCUGGCCGCUGGCCGCGCCAAGGGACAGCUGCAUCACAAGGCCGCGCUGCCCAGGUACAUAUUACUGCCCAGGUACAUAUUACUGCCCAGGUACAUAUUACUACCCACGAACAUACUGCCAUCGCGCGCUCGCUGGCCGCAGGGCGCGCCAAGGGACAGCUGCAUCACAAGGCCGCGCUGCCCAGGUACAUAUUACUACCCACGAACAUACUGCCAUCGCGCGCUCGCUGGCCGCAGGGCGCGCCAAGGGACAGCUGCAUCACAAGGCCGCGCUGCCCAGGUACAUAUUACUGCCCAGGUACAUAUUACUACCCAGGUACAUAUUACUACCCACGAACAUACUGCCAUCGCGCGCUCGCUGGCCGCAGGGCGCGCCAAGGGACAGCUGCAUCACAAGGCCGCGCUGCCCAGGUACAUAUUACUACCCACGAACAUACUGCCAUCGCGCGCUCGCUGGCCGCAGGCCGGGCCAAGGGACAGCUGCAUCACAAGGCCGCGCUGCCCAGGUACAUAUUACUACCCACGAACAUACUGCCAUCGCGCGCUCGCUGGCCGCAGGCCGGGCCAAGGGACAGCUGCAUCACAAGGCCGCGCUGCCCAGCCAGCAGCCAGACCAAACGCCUCAACCACUAGAAGGAAACAGUUUACCGAAUGGAACUACCAAGAACAAAAGGAAGACAGGCGAACGGCUGCGGUCUCGGAGUGCGGAGUCAGUGGCUGAGACCCCGAUGGAAGGGUCCCGGCCCGCGCAGCCAGCGGAGCCCGGCACUCUCAAUCCUACACUCGCUGAGACACCUGCAAUCAGCACAAUGACAGAGCGUGAGUCGGCUCACCCUCCGCCGCAGCGAUUGGAGGGCGACGCGAUGGAGUCGUCCGACGCGACCGUUAUAUCCGACACGACCGACACGGCCGUGACGUCACCCGACGGAGACACCAGGGAGCCCCGGGACAGACUGCUGCCGCAGCGGGCCGGACCCGACGGACAGGACAGACCUGAUGAUGCUGAUGUAGACGAUGAUGGGGAUAAACGGACUGUGGCACAUAGGAACAGCCUACAAGUGGGUACGGGCGGGCGCCGCCCCCAGGAAGGCGGCGAGUGGCGUCCGUCGGCGGAGUGGGUGUCGAGCUGGCGCGGGAAGCUGCCGCUGCAGACCAUCAUGAGGCUGCUGCAGGUGCUCGUGCCGCAGGUCGAGAAGAUCUGCAUCGAUAAGGGACUGACGGACGAGUCGGAGAUCCUCCGGUUCCUGCAGCACGGUACCCUGGUGGGUCUACUGCCAGUGCCGCACCCCAUCCUCAUCCGCAAGUACCAAGCCAACGCGGGCACUGCCGCCUGGUUCCGCACGUAUCUGUGGGGUGUCAUCUAUAUACGUAACGUGGACCCGCCGAUAUGGUACGACACAGACGUGAAGCUCUUCGAGAUCCAGCGGGUGUAAUCUAUCACUGACUACUGACUGUAGCUAACUUGCGUAGGAACACGAGUUGAUCUCUAUUGCUGUACCGGACGAUACGCCGGUCGUAUUUAUAUUGCAUUGAUGAUUAUAAUCGUAUUAUAACUUCAAAUAUUAUGCUAACUAAAUUAUUAGCUCUUUACGAUUGUCGAAGAUGAGGUUUCAAUUUAAAUUCCUUAAAUAAGGUAUUAUUGAUUAUUUCAACUUUUUUUUAUUUACUACCAUGUCUGAUAGUGUGACAUUAUUUGUACGUCUAUGAAAAAUUGGCAGUAGUAUUUGAAGUUAUAAUACCGUUGUAAUGUUAAUGCGAUUAGUUGAUUCUAUUGUACACAACUUCUAAACAAGAUAAUUGCUAUCCCAACAGGAUAUAUGCCACGCCAUUUCAUUUCGUCUCGUAAUACAUAGUACCUAUAUCUUCAGUGUUGAAAGGUUUGCUUUGACAGAAAAUAAUGAAGUUGUGUAUAAUAGAAUCAGUACCGAGACAUAUUUUAUUCAAUUAAUUAAUUAAUAGUAUCUAAUUUACUGAAUGGUAGGUAAAUGAAAUUCCCUUUUCUUUUAUACGUAAAAUAUUAUAAUUAUGUUUAGUAAAUUGAGCCUUAUGGCAAGACUAAAUGAUAAUGGCUUCUAUUAAUUGAAAGAUUCUUCGAAUAUAAUAAAUUAAUAUAUGAGUUUAAUAGAUUGGUAAAUAAAAAAACUAAUGUUAUACUACGGUAGCACCCUAUCUUCCAGUAUUUAUUCCAUUUAUAUUUAAUUUAAUUACAAUGAAUAAUGAAAUAGUUACGACAAGACGGCGUAAAGAUAACUAUAGUCAAUUGUAAUAAUUUCAAAUGUAACUGACCAUGUCUUAUGAACGCUUUAUGUGUAUAAAUAAUUAUAUUAGCUCUUUACCUAUAGAGUUGCCGUUUCUGCCAUUACGACCUACUCUUGCAGACACGUCAUUUGACGAAUGCAUACAACCUACAAGUGACGAUAGGUUACCGGUACCUUGCCGCUUCGUGGACAUGUUUCCUUGUUUCUAAGCAGCGGUGUAUCAUUUGUAGGUUACAUGCAUUCGUCAUAUGACGCGUCAUGGACAGUAGGUCUUUGUCAAACGGCAAUUUUAUAGCUAAAGGCCUCAAUAUUAAAAUGUUAACUUAAAGCUGACGGCUAGUCAUAAUUCUAAUGAAACAAUAUAAUCCUCUAUGAAUUUAUCUACUUAUAAAUGUGACUUUAGUUCUAAUAGUGUGUACUUUGUGUUUGAAUGUCAAUCGACAGAUUAUUUUUUAUUUUACACGCAAUAUGACAAAUGUUAUGAAGUUUUUAAUUUCUAUUUUUAAAUGCUAUUAUAAAUUUUAGGUUGAAAUGUGUCAGACGUUAUUCUAAUAGUGUAACAAUAUUGUUUUUAAGCAAAAAUAGACGUUUUCGUCCAUAGAAUGGCAAAUGGCUAAUCAGAUUUCAGAUAGAUAUCUACAGAAUAUGUUGUUUUUCUUCUAAAGUUUCUUUGAACAAAGUUGCACAGUUGCGCAAAGGUUAGCGCAAGAUACAAGAUUUGCGCAAACUGUAGAAUCUACAGUUAAAAUCAAUAACUUAAAGAUUGAGACAAUUUAUUAGUUUUUAUUGAAAUUCUAAAUGAAAUGACUAUUCUAUCGUUUAUUUAGUUCUAUAUUUUAUUUGAAUUAAAUCGAAUAUAACAAAGUGAUAUGAAUUUUGCAAAAAUAUUGAAUGAAUUGUUUUUUUUUUCAAUUAUGUAUUCGGUUAUUUGUUUUUUUUUUUAUAUUAUGACAAAUUAACGAGGCUUAUGACAUAUUGAAAUGCGAUUAUGAUGUACAUACAUUCCAUGUGAUGGUUUUAUUUUAUGUUUAUAUUACUGAAUACAAUUUUAUAAUAUGACAAUGUAAAAUAGUUUAUGAAUUUAUCACCAAAUGUCUUAAUAUUUGUGUUAAGGCCGGUCCACACGACGAAAAUAUGAUUAUAAAGUACAUUAUUUAGGCUGAGUAUAGAAUGUAUGAUGAUUGUCUAUGCCUUACCAAAGCAGUGUCGUGUGAACGAGGCUUUAUGUCGUGUUUCGUGCACUGUCACCGUUUGUUUGUGUAAAUUAAUUGGGCCUUAGUGGAGCACUAGUAAUGAGAUACUUUAUGAACAAAUAAUGAUAUAACUUGAAUAUUUUAUUGUCAGAAUUUUUAGUAAUGAGCUAAUGUGUGAAUAUUAUGUAAGUGAAAUGUGAUUAUUUGAGUAUAAAAUAUUAUGCUCAAGUAAUUGUUUUGCAUUCAUAUUCACCAAUUAUUGUAUUUAAUAUUUUUUAAUCUCUUAAUAAGUGAUUAUUUUUCUCGGUUCCACUGCGGCCCGCUGCUAGUAUAUCUUGUAAUUUUAAUAAUUUAUUUGACACAAUCACCGUACUUAAUGUUAUUAUGUAUAAAUAGAGAAUAUAUUAUAAUGUGAGCAUAUAA